AUGAAGAGACUGCAACGUAUGUGCGUGUUUAGAGCUAGGACUGAGGCUUCAGAUGGAGAGCUUCAGCAUAUGCUUGUGAUGUGGACAAAUGUUUUCAAAAUUGGAGGUCUACAGCAAAUAUCAUGGUUCCAGUUUCUCCCUAAUGAAUCUGAUCUCAACUCUCUGCCUGAGAAGAGUGUGAAAGUAGAUCAGAAAGAUGCUGCUACAUUGCUGGUGCUUUCAUCCCAUCUGCUGUUGCAGACAGAGGGAUUUCUCAGCGCGUGGACCAAUUCUUUUGUUGGACCCUGGGACCCAUCUCAGGGUUUACACAACCCUGAUGAGAAGAUCAAGCUCUGGCUAUUUCUACCUGGGCGUCACACGUCUGUUGUUGAGAAGGCUCAGGCUUCUGUCUCUAAAUUGAGAGUUAUUGCAUCUGGACUCUGGUUGGCUCCUGGUGAUUCAGAAGAGGUUGCAGCUGCUUUAUCUCAGGCUUUAAGGAAUUGUAUAGAAAGAGCACUCAUUAGACUUUCAUACUUGAGAUUUGGAGAUGUAUUUUCAAGAUGCCAGCCAUUUUCGCAGGGUGAAGAACUCUUCAGGAAAGGUCAGCCCAUGAUUGAAUUCGUCUUUGCUGCCACUGAAGAGGCAGUCUUCGUGCAUGUUGUAAUAUCUGCUAAGCAUAUCCGGACACUUUCAAGUAGUGAUGUGGAAACAUUAUUGAGGCAUUCUUCUAAUUGGUCUGGUGACAGGCUUCCAGGAGUAUUCUCUGCCCUGCUUGUACAAGUAGAGUUGCAUAAGGUUGAUGAAUGA